UUCAAGUUUCUAGAAAUUAAGGAUCAGCUAGCGAGCACCAAUGGCGCCGCCGGCUCCUGCGUUCCCCGUCGCGCUGCUGGUGGUGGUGGUUUCCAUCGCCAGCGUCCACGCGCAGGCCGGCAGCGGCAGCACCGCCACCUGCAGCACCGACCUCUUCCGCCUCCUCCCAUGCCUGCCCUACAUCGAGGGCUCCGUCGCCGCGCCGGCGGACACCUGCUGCGCCAACCUGGGCAGCAUGGUGCACGACGAGCCCCAGUGCCUCUGCCAGGCUCUCAGCAACCCCAGCACGGCCCCCGUCGCCGUCAACAUGUCGCGCGUGAUGGCGAUGCCCCGGCUCUGCCGCCUCGACCUCCCGUCUGCCGCUGGCGCCUGCGCAGUUGCAGGGCUUCUUCCGGCUGGAACAACGCCGCCGGCGGCGGCGAUCGUUCCACGCCCAAGCGCGAACUCCACUGCUGCAUCGACCCUCACGCCGGCGACGAGGACGCCGGCGACACCACGUAUGACACCGUCACCGUGGGUGAGCAGCCAGAUGCCACGAUACAGCAGCGGCGGGUCCAAGGUGAUAGUCGAUGGCUUUUCUGUCGCACUUGGUUUUGUGGCAUUGGUUUCAGUCCUCGCAUUCUGAAGCAUUCGGCCACUGACUACCGCGAUGGUUGGCAUCCCGUCAGGCAGGGGCGAAGCUAGAGCUGAAUCGAGGGGGUACCCUAUCUAUAGUUUUGCUGCUGGCUCU